UUUGCUGGACUCAUCGAUUAUGUCUGCAGGAAAGAAAGGGCGUUAUCAAGUCCUUGAAGAGAAUCACAGCAUACAGACCAGGAAAGAUACAGCUACAUGCUGUCUCAGACCAUAUCAAAGAUGCUUGCUUGUAGCAUCUUUGUGUCUGCUAAUUCUAAUUGUGAUAGGACUGGCAGUGGCUCUCGUUUUUACUCUCUCCCCCUCUUCUAAUAAAGCAGGUGGUAAUACACCCUCUCCUACUCCUCCUCCCUCCAAUGGCUGUCCCAUUGACCCGCCCAAUGGCUCACUCCCCUGUCCUUACACUCGAGAAGGGGAUUGUACAACUUUUGGUUGCUGUUGGUAUAAAAACACAACAUCUUGUCUACUUGUUCCAUCUUGUAACCAUGACAGCAACUCUCUCUUUUCCUGUCUCCCCGAAGGUGAUGGGUGGAGUUACGACAAAUCAGAGGAGGUAUGUCACUCUCGUGGUUGCUGUUGGCAACCAAAUGCAACCAUACGAUGUUCCUAUUCAAGUAACCAUGGUUACAGGUUAGAUGGGAAGCUUCAGGAUGGUCCUUUUGGUGUCAUGGCAACACUAGUACGGAAGGAAUCCUUCCCAUCAAUGUUUGGAGGUGAUUCUAAGCGUCUAAAAGUAGACGUAACUUAUGAAACUGACUACAGACUUAGAGUAAAGAUUUAUGAUGAAAGUCAGUCAGAUCGGUAUCAAGUUCCUCUUAAUUUGACGUCAAAGGUUUUUGGUCAAACUCAAACUAAGAAACCUUCCAACAUGAUGUACUCGUUCAGCCUAACAGAGAGUGAAUCCUUUGGUUUUGAAAUAAAGAGAACCUCCUCACAAGCCACACUGUUUAAAAUGGCCCCUGGUCUUGUUGUAAGUGAUCAGUUCCUACAGAUUUCCUCUCACCUUCCCUCUUCAUAUAUAUAUGGGCUGGGGGAGCACGCCACCCCCUGGAGACUAGACAUGAAUUAUUCAAAAUUGACUUUAUUUUCACGUGAUGUACCACCUGAUCCUGUAUUUGAUACAACAAGAAACCUCUAUGGGGUCCAUCCAAUGUAUCUCUGUAUGGAUAACAUCACUGGAUCGGCUCAUGGCGUCUUCUUAUUGAACAGCAAUGCAAUGGAAAUUGAGCUGUUACCAUACCCAGCCAUUACUUAUAGAACUAUUGGUGGAGUACUUGAUUUCUAUUUCUUGCUCGGCCCUUCACCGGAUGAUGUCAUUUCACAGUACACUCAACUGAUUGGUCGCCCAUUCCUGCCCCCCUAUUGGUCCCUAGGGUUCCACUUGUGUCGCUGGGGGUACUUCUCUUCAGAGCGGACGCUAGAGGUCGUUGAAAGGAUGAGGCAUUAUGGGAUACCCCAGGAUACCCAGUGGAACGAUAUAGACUACAUGAGUGAUCACCUGGACUUCACUUAUAAUCAUACUAGCUAUGCAACAAUGCCCCAGCUGGUGGACAACCUACACGCUCAUGGACAGCACUAUGUAGUCAUCACUGAUCCUGGUAUUUCGGCGACAAAACCAGCUGGUACCUAUCCUCCAUAUGAUGAUGGACUGGAUGAUAGAAUAUUUAUAAUGAAUGAAACUGGUUCCGGACCACUCCUGGGAAUGGUGUGGCCAGGAAUUACAGCAUAUCCAGAUUUCACUAACCCGGCCACAGAGUCUUACUGGUUAGAGGCACUCACACAGUUUCAUGAUAACAUCAGUUUCGACGGACUGUGGAUUGACAUGAACGAACCGUCCAAUUUCAUCCCUGGAUCAAUCUAUGGCUGCUCUAACUCAACCCUCAACAACCCACCCUACCUUCCAGUUGCAAUAAGGGCACAAGGAAGUAUACUGGACAAGACACUGUGCAUGACUGGGGUCCAAUAUCUCUCCUCUCAUUAUAACGUCCACAGUCUUUAUGGACACACCGAGGCUAUUGAGACAAUGAGGUCUCUUCAGUCUUUGUUCAAUAAAAGGUCGCUGGUCAUAUCUCGUUCCACUUACCCCGGUAGUGGGGUGUACACUGGUCACUGGUUAGGGGACAACGCCAGCCAGUGGCCUCACCUCAGACAGUCUAUACCAGGUAUCCUCAACUUUGCCCUGUUUGGUAUUCCGUUGGUUGGGGCAGAUAUUUGUGGGUUUUUUGACAACACAACGAGUCAACUCUGCAUGAGAUGGCAGCAGGUCGGGGCCUUCUAUCCGUUCUCUCGGAACCAUAACUCUUACAAUACGAUAGCACAAGAUCCUACAGAGUUUGGUGAAGAGGUCAUUAAUUCGACUCGGAAUGUCCUUUUAAUCCGGUACAAGCUCCUCCCAUUUUUAUACACUCUAUUCUAUCACGCCCACACUAACGGAUCAAUGGUAGCCACACCUCUUUUAUCAGUCUUUCCGUCUGAUACUGAGACUUGGUCUAAUGCUCGGCAGUUUAUGUGGGGCAAGGCUCUCCUCAUAUCUCCUGUACUGGAGGAGAAUGCCACAAGUGUGGUAGCUUACUUUCCUAAAGGAAGAUGGUUUGACUAUAGAAAUGGUACAGAGUUUGUGAGUAAAGGUCAGUAUGUUGUAAUAUUAGAGGCUCCAUUGGAUUAUAUUCCACUUCAUGUACUGGGAGGAUCAAUAAUACCUCAACAAGAACCAAACACUACCACCACACUCAGCAAACAGAAUCCUUACAGCUUGUUGGUGUCAUUAAACGCAACUGGAGAGAGUUAUGGGUCUCUGUUUAUUGAUGAUGGAGAGGAGCUGGAUUCUAUAGAGAAUGGACAUUAUACACUUUUAGCUUUUCAUGUCGAAAAGGGGCAGUUAAGUUCUAUUGUCCUCAGUGGUGGGUACAGUGCAGCUGUUAAUUGUACAAUGAAUGAAGUUACAGUUUAUGGACUGAGCCAAGAACCAGCUGGAGUUACUGGAGAUGAUGUCAUUGACUGGAACUGGACUAAUAACGUGUUGUUCAUUAAUGUCAACGUAACCAAUCUUAAUAAGCCAUUCACUUUGAACUGGAGCUAAGUCAUUUACUCGUAACAUUAGGAUUAAUUAAGUAAUGGAAAGUGUGUCACUUCACUCACUUGUACUUUUAAUUAAAGUUUUAUUGACAUUAUGUAGCAUUAUAAAUAUAUCUGUGUGCUAAAAAUUAUUGUCUAGAAUUAUAUUAUUAUAUAAAAUUAA